UGUUCAUGUAGUGUGGAUAAGGGACAGCAUAAUCCCCAUUUUUGAGAGGGAAGAAUGUCGCUAUAGGACACGAAAUAAAAUGAUGCGGACACGCAGCUCUCCAAGGUAAACAAGAGGGAAGUUUAAUUUCUGACUCCAACACUCAUAGAUUUCCAAAAGUGACAGUGGAUUGGAGGAUGACAGUGCCACCUCUCCAAUGACACUGGACAUACCAAGAGUCCAUCAAAUUUCUCUGCUCCGUAAAAGAAUACAAAACAACAAGUUAUUUACAUAAAGUGUGUGAGAAAGUUCGUUACAAGAAUGUCAACAUCAGAAGGCUUAGAAAAACUUAAAAAAACAGGGCGACAGAAGAAAGGUAGAGUUUAGCUGAUUUGCCCAGUCACACCACAUCCCUACCAGCACAUGGAAUUAAACCUUGCUCCUUUCCCAAAGAGGUGCCUAUCCCACUGUCCUUUGGACAGAGCAGGCCCAGGCAAGGCCAAAGCCAGAACAGCCCUCCCAGGGAGCUCCCGCCAUGGUUUUACUUUGGGCAGAAGGGAGGGCUGGGAGCCUUUGGCUGGCUAUGACAGUGUAGAGCUGGACUGUACGCAUCAUAAAGGGAGGAAGGUUUGGCUACAGGAGCCAGUCCCUGCGGAGAGCGCAGGCAGGCAGCUGCAGUGGUUUCCCUGGGGGGCAGACAGAGGCCAGCACAAUGCUGGACACUGCUGUGGCUGCCCCCAGCACCAGGGCCGCCACCAGGAAGCCGAAGAAGGCGGCGAGCGGCUCCAAGGCCCAUGAGCCCACAGGGCCCAGCGUCACCCAGCCGAUCACCAGGGCCGAGUCCACCCCCAAGGAGCGCAAGGGGCUCUCCCUUGCCAUGUUCAAGAAGGCGCUGGCAUCCAGGGACUAUGAUGUGGAGAGGAACCAGAGCCGCAACAAGCUGGGGCCCAAGAGCCUUGUCAGCAAUGGCACCCUGGUGCAGACCAAGGACAUCAGGGCCUCUGGCUCUUUCAAGCUGAACAAGAAGCCAGGUGAGACAAAAGAAAAGGCAACAAAGGAAAAGACAGCUGCCAAGCCCAGGAAGCCAGUGGCCAAGCAGCCUGCCAGCCCUGCCGAGAAGCCUAAGAAAGUGGUGGUGGUGAAGAAGAGCUCCAAGAAGGCGAAGAAGCCGGCAGCCACUGCAGCCAAGAAAGCGGCCAAGAGUCCCAAGAGAGCCACACAGGAGGAGGAGGCAGUGAAGAGCCCAGCUAAGACAAAAGCAGUGAAGCCCACAGCAGCCAAGAAAGUGGCCAAGAGUCCCAAGAGAGCCACACAGGCAGGCCACGCCAAGGAGGCCACAAAGAGCCCAGCUAAGGAGAAGGCAGUGAAGCCCGCAGCAGCCAAGCCUAAGGCAGCCAAGCCCAAAGUGGCCAAAGCAAAGAAGGCAGUGCCAAAAAAGAAGUAAGACAACUGAGAGAAAUUGAGAGUCUACUCAUUUAAAUAAACCCCAUCAUCUUAAAUAAUUUUUUGUCAUUACAGUCCUCUAGUUACCUAAACCAAAGGUACUGGUACGGGAUCUUGUCACUCGGGGCAGGGUGUGGGUGUAUUUCCACAGACGCUGGUAUUCGAUGGUAACAACCCUCUGCACCAGCUGGAUGGAAAUCCCAGACCUUGGUGUGACAACUCUCCUGUGACUUCACCUGGACCUCAAGAGUCAGACACUUUAAGGACAUUAUCAGCAAAAGGAAAUGCUCCCUCUGACAGUUUUAAAAGUUACUUCUGAUAGUUUUUAAGUUGGUUUGUUUGUUUGCAAUAUUCAAGUUGUAAGUUGUAAGCUUUAAGUAAUUAGCUGCAGCAUGCCAGCCAGCAACAUUGUACCUUUGAUAGCUCCUGGACAUGAUAGUAAAAAAUUGAUGGGACACACCAAUAGAUAGAUUAGGUUUGUCAGUUUAGUGAAGAAUUUAAUUCUCCUUGUACCAUGUUUGUUGUCCUUUCUGCAAAGGGGCCCUGCAGACAGAUAAUAAACAAGGCUUUUAUAUUUUAAAACAGAAAAGAGGGAGCUGUGAGAGCAUACAGCUGGACUGUGUGUGCCAUAAAAGGAGGAGGGGUUUGGCUAUGGAGAGCCACCCCCUGACAAGAACGCAAGCAGGCGGCUGUUGGUCAGUGAGCCAGGUGGUAACCAGUCAUAGCCAGGCAGGCUCGAAUGUGGAGCAUUUUGAAUAGGGUGUGUAAGAACUGUGCAAACCAAUCAAGUCUCUGCUGCACAAACACCCAAGUGCUGUGCCAUCUCUCCGUCUCCCCCCAUUGUGACAGGCAACAAGGCACCUUUUAUACCGAAACCAUUUUGCAGCUUUCUGCCAGGGCGAGGUGGCCCUACAGUGAGCACAGGUACAAUUUACAUCCCCAGAAAUUUAUUUACACACUGCUCAGGUGGUGCCUGGAGACCUCAGCAUACAUGGGAAGGAGGAAGAGGGAUCAGUUUCCAGUUCUGGGAUGGCCUCUGUGCCAGCACAGCCACCACCAAACACAGGGGACAGGUCCCACCAAACACCUGCACUCCCAGGGGAGACCCCGAGCCUCCUGCCAGGCACAGGUGGGGCAGCCCAGCCUUUGUCUCCUUGUCCCUGUGCGCUCACAGCCGUGUGCCAGCCACGCUCGCGGCACCAGCACGAUCCACCCACUCUGCUGGCUCCUUCCUUCCCUCAGCAUUCUGUCAGCCUGUUCCUCAGCACCGGAGCCUGCCUGCUCCCCCGUCAGAGCCCUGCACCCCGAAACUCAAAAAUAUCCCUCCCUUCUGUUCCUGCCAGCCUCCAGCCGGGGUGAGUUCCGCUUGGCUCCGUCUUUGGGCUGCUCUCAUGACACACUGCCAGGACUGCACCUGAGCCCAGGACUUGUCUCACCAAGAGCCCAGACCUGAGCUGCAUCCCCUGGUCCACAACACUUACAGACUGUGGGAUGUGAUUCUGGGCAGGGAGCUCCUAAAAUGAAGCUUUUCCGCCCUUCCUGGGGAGGCCUCUGAGGCCACGUCUCCACGGUGUCCCGCGUGGGCUCCGCGUGCCUGGAGGAUGGCUCAGCCCUGCUGUGGGUGUGCAUUCCUCCUCACUGUGUCUGGAAAUGUGGGCAGGGCAGAGGGCGUGGAAAUGCCUGGAAGUGUGCUACUUCCCUGAUGGAUACUAAUUAAAAGUACAUUAUGAACUGUUCUGUUUAUUGAUGCAGAGUCCUUCAAGUUUUGCACUGUUAAGCUGGUUUUAAACAUUUAUUAUGCCUGCCAGCAUUAGCUGACAGCAAGGCUGGGAUCACUGCAGCUCAUUCAGUUAUUGCUUUCACCAAUUGCAUUUAAAAGAAAGUCUUAAUUUUUCCAUCAGUGACCCUCCCCUCCAUUUUCCCCUUCCCCCCACUUUGUUUCCCUUUGUGUGUGGUUCCUACAUUUAUGGUGGUCCUCUCUGGCAAAGUAACAAUGAUCAGGUGAACAAUCCCAGGGAGUAAUUUUUCUACCCCUGCCAUCCUUCCACACACCAAGGAAAUCCAAGAUCACCUAGCCUGUUCCCAGGUAUUUCUGCUUUUCCCCUUUUUGAAGUAGAAAUACUCCAUUGCUUUCAUCCCUCUUAUGAGUUUGUUGAUGUCAGAAGUAACAUCAGAUGUGACUUUGCCCUGUGCUUUCCCAGGAUAUCCAUUGGGAAUAAUGUUCAUACAUGCAAAAGCAGGUCACAGACAUACUGAACCCAACUGAAAUUGAGUCAGGUCUUCAAAACAAACUUCCUCCAUACUCAAAGUAAAACACUGAGCUAUCUUGAAUCAUUAAGACUACUAAAUGCCACCUUCUCUUCCACUAAGCACAUACUAACAAUUUCAGGCACUUUUCUACUUUUGUUCCAAGUCAGGGAGUUGUUUGUUGUUUCCAAGAUUGUCCUUCAUUAAAAGAAUGCAGAAUAGUAGCAAUUUCCCCAGGAAGCUCAUAAAAAUCCUUAUUGAGUAUAUUCCAUAAAAAUAUUCUGAGGAAUAAAAAGCAAAUUAGAGCACCCACCUUCCAUAUUUCUCAGAGUAUUUACAUGUAUUAUGGAUCUUGAGAUGAUUAAAUGCCACUGAGUAAGCAAGGAAACUUUUACAGCAAAAACCAAAAAAAAAACCAGCAAAAAAGUUUUGUUUAAAAUAAGUGAUCUUUGACCUCAGCAUCCAGUUAUAAAGGGAGGAUUACCAAAGACACCAGUGUUUCUGUGAAGAUGGUGUUUAUGAGACGACAUACAGCCUAUCCAACACCUUCCCUCCUGGCCCAGUGAUCAUGCCAGCCCCAGUUUUCCCAGGAAUUCCAGCCCUCCGAGCAAUUGCGGGAGCUCCUGGCCCUUUGCCACUCAGCCCAGGAUAUUCUUGGCAGCAGUGAUAAGGGCACUUGUUCCAAAUAAGGAGAAAUCUAGAAACUGGUUUGUCUCCAAGCAAAUCCACCAAAGCUCAUGGGGCUGGACGCAGGCAGGGGGAAAAAACACCCACAAAAAACCCAAAUGAAGCAAAAAUGAACUUCUGACUGUCUGUCUCUUCAGCACCAGCCAAAUCUCAUUAAAGAGCUACAAUGAUGAAAUACAUUGACAGUAAGUGCAACAGACUUGAUGAAAGACCUUAAAAUGUUUAUGCUAAUGCAAAGUUUCAGUUUCACAUUCCGCACAAGCUUUCCAAACAAGAACAGUGCCAAAAAGCAUGGAAGAGCAAUCUUAACUUUUAGCUUUCUAAAAAAAUUCCAAACAAAAUAUCAAGCAAAAAACUCAAACACCAAAUCCCCAGUUUUCCCUUUUUUUCCCCACCACCUACAUAUUUUGCUGGACAGGUGAAAAAAAAGGCUUUCCUCAGUUUGCUCAGUUUGUUUGUGAGACAAACAAACUAUGAGCUCCUUCAGAGUCUGAGGAACAACGUGGAGCAACUGGUGCCUGAUUUACACCAUGGAGGAACCAGCCCAGUAACUCCACAGUUACUCCCCAUGUACCAGCGAGGCACCCCUGUGCACAGACUGAAUAACUCAGCACUUUGAAAACAAAAGAAAAACCCCAAGAAAGCUCCAGUCCCAGUUCUACUCCAAAUCUAUUAUUUAGUCUGACUGCCCCUGCUCUAUUUCCUCCACUUUGAUCAACUAAUGACCAAGAAAAGCAAUUACCAGCAUAAGGAAAACAUAUUCUUGGUGUCUUUGAACUGCUGUGGCAAGUGUAAAUGCAUUCCUUUCGUGAGAACAGAGGAAAUAUUUCUUCAGUGGCUAAGAUGAGAAAUGAGGGGGAAACAAGUAGGAGGAGGUAGAGGAGAGACUAUUUUUUUUAUUAACUAAUUAGAUCAGCAUUGGAAGAAAACGAGCCUGCAAAUCUCUGCAUUGAUUGUGCAGAUAUAGCUGCAAUGUACAGCAGAGGUGAUGAAACACUGGGAUGUGCAUUUGAAAAUGGCUUGUCCUGCCUGGACAGGAGAGUACAACAACCUACAAAAUAACUGUGUUAUUGUCAUGGGGGGAGGGAUAAAUACAUCACUGACAGGUUUGGGAAAUAGUGUGUGCAGGUAACAACUGCUCUUGAAGCCUGCUCCUCAAAGUCUGCCAGUGCCAGCACAUGAGAGAGAACAAAUCCCUCUGCCAUUUCUCUGGUUUUUGUGUAUUUCCAUGAACAUCUCCACUGCCACUGUACCAGUCAGCUAUAGCACCACCAAACACGCCAGCACAAACCCAAGCAGCUCUGCAAUAACAAUGGGCCCAAAACUGACUGAACCACUUCAGCACCAGUGUGGGCUGGGCCAGACACCACCAGAGCAGUGCCCCCACCCUGCCUCACGCUGUUCCUUGGUGGGGAGAUGGGGCUGAAAGACAUAAACUGAAAAUCCCAAUACCGUCUCAAAAAUAAACACAUGGGAGCAAAUAUUUAACAUUAAACUCUACAUUUCUAUUAAAAAAUCUCAAAGAAAGAACAAAACAUAAUGUCUUAAAAAAAUAAAAACAAAGAGUGGAAUUUGUGGAAAUACAAAUCAUCCUGUAUUAAUGAUUUCCCAGGGCACUCAUUCACCAACACACCCUGGAAUCCCAAAGGUACAGAACAGCUGCCUUCCAAACAUGCAACACUGCAGUUUAGAGCCAUGGUGUAGUUUAGAAUAACAUCAUUGCUCAGGAUCUGGCCUGGCACUCAGAGGCUCAGCAGGGCAGUGAGCUCCUCACGCUGCUGCAGGCUCUCAGGCAUCAAGAAUAAAGGGUGGAUGUUUCUCUUUCUGACCUGUGCCCUUUUAAAGGGGAGGGAAAUGAUGAAACAAAGAUCUCCUGGCAGUGGAGUAAAAGCAAGAGAACCCACAGGAGGCAGUUGCAGAAAGGACAAGCUGCAAGUGGAAUUCCUGAGAAAAAGAGGUGAAGAUUGUUGGGGGUUAAAGGUACCAAAGUUACCAAAUAAACUGUGAACUCCUGGAUUUCCAAGGAUGAGGAGGCUGGGAAGUGAGGAUGGUGAGAGCUUUUAGAGUCCUGAGAAGGUCACACUUCAUGUGGAAAACCAACUGUGCACCACCUGCCAAGGGACUUGGACUCCCCAGGUGAGGUGCAGAUGAUAUGCUCAACACACCCAUGGCAGAGCUGUGAACACCCACAGGCCUCCCUUUCCACCCAAACCAGUAAAAACAAAAGGAAAACCUAAAGUCCAACCACCAGGACCCAAACUGCUCGAACACCCCCUCCACACAGGGGUCGAGGCUGACUGAAGGCUGGGGAGCCUCACAUUGCAUUGUGGAAGCUCUAACUCUGUCUCUUGGCUUUGGUGUCCUCCCACACUGGAGGCCUGGCCUUCACCCUCCUCUGAGCACUUCAUUUACUAGUGCAAACAUAUGUUUUUGAAAGAAAAUUCAGGUACUUACAUGGAGUAAUCACAUUUUUAAAUGGCCUUCAUCAUUAUUUAUGUCAGCAUCUUCCAGAUGUGAUUCAGACAACGAUAGCAGCACAUGUCAUUUGUGUGUCUGUUCCUGUCCCCAGGGGAAAAUUAAGUUAUGAUUAAAGCUAUGCCUUCACCCAGCCCAUCCACUUCAAUGGAGCUCUCUGCAUCAACAGCUGCUUGAAACCUGUGGAAAACUCUUUCUUGAGAAUAUUAUGUCUUUUCCUCAGCAAGCAUUAUUUUCAAGGUGAUUGAGGUUGGAGUUUUUGUUGUUUUGUUUCUUGGUUUGUAGAGCUCCUGCAGUUAGCAGGAGGUGCUGGUGGCACCCAGCACAGCCCAGCACAGCUGCAGGUUUGCUGCACCUGAGAACAAACUCAGCCUCAGCCCUCAGCCACCAGCACCACCUCUGAUGUCUGCUGUGGGAAAUCCUUGGGAGAAGGGAACCAACACCAGGGGGAUUUGUUCAGCCUCCAUGUUCCAUGGUUUACUCAGACUCCAGCAAUGGCAGUGCUCCACCUCAAGUGUCCUUCAUCAAAGAUUAUCAGCUUUUUUCCCAUACUGAAAGUAUUCCACAUACAUUUUCAUACAUUUUCCUCCUGGCAAUCAGUGCUGGGGAGGAUCUAUCCCCUACUCUGGUGCAUCUGGCUGCAGCCAGUAACUCUGCAAUCAGAGUCAGCCAAAAUCCCUCCCUGGAGCAGAGCCCAGUGGAGUCUGUGCUGCUUUCAGGGGCCCUCAUUGACAGAGGGAACGGCAUCUCCUCCCUCCCAUUCCCUCAGGGCAUUCAUGUCUCCUUUUUGGAUGCAUUUUCCAUACAUUGGAUCAACUGGUGUUGCUAACAUGUUUCAUAACUCCUUUCUAGUAAUGGUGGCACAGAGGAGAGUUUAGUGUUCUGCACACUGGACUUUUAUUCCUGAAUAAAAUUAGAUUUUACAUCUUCCCCUUCCACCCUUUCCCAGAAAGGAAGCAUUCCAUACUUGUUCUGUUGGGAAGAGCUCUGACUCCUUCAGAUGGCCCUUUCCAUGAUGAGUGUUUCUCUUCAGAAACUCGGCAUUUCCUCAGGAGGUUGAGUGCUUGAGUUACAGACUAUUAGCAAUGAACCAAAUCUCAUGAACCCUGCACAGAACUAAUUUAAUUUCGCUUCUCACACAUUCUGGGCUCGCUAACCGGACCCUGGGUCACCUGUAAGUACAAGGCAUCUCACCUGAGACCAAUUCUUCACCCAGACUGAGCCCGGGGUUUAUGUCCCAUGGGGCAGUGAGAUCAGAGACCUUUCUGCUGCAGCCUAGCCCUGGCACCACCAGUUCAGCCCCUCCACCCCAUCACCACUGCACCAUCCCAUGUUCCAAACAUCCUGCUGUGCAUUUAUGCACUGAACACAAUCCUUGGCUGCCACACAAGAACUCACUGAUGUACAAAGGCUCUGGUCCCACCCCUCCGGUCACAGUGUGUAGGGCAGGCACCACAGUGGCAUCCUCUUUCUCUCCAGCCCCUGCUAAAAAGGGAAAAUUCACUGCAGAUGUUGUCAUUUUUGACCCCAAAAUAACAGGAGCCUCAGCUUAUGGGAAGAGAAUGUGCAAGAGAAAGAACUGUGCUUUAGAAGACAAAAGGCUCGAUUUUGUGACUUCAGCUUCACAUCACUGAAACCAGAUCUAAUUAAAUCCUGCUUUUCAGUAGUGUCCUAGGUUUCUCUCCCAAAUUUGCCCUGAACCAAGACUUCAAAAUGAAUGUCUCUGAAAUGCAGAGAACACUGGAAGUGUGAAGACACUUUUUAUUUGACCUCAAAAUCUAUUUUUAUUCCACAAUCCUAAUUCUCCACAGCGGGAACUUUCUCUUCCCCCUAGCAUGGGUGGGAGCAACAGAAAGACAAAGGCAAAAAAAGGCAAAUGAAUGGGAAAACCAUCUCCCUAGGUCUGAGGCAGGUCGGCAGAAGGACACAGAGGAACACAGGACAAUAUGUGUGUGCCCCACAUGGCCAGGGUCUGCCAAAGGUGUCUGUGUGCCAGGGGCUGCCCAAGGGAACAGGGGUGGAGAGGGCUCAGCCCUGCCCUCACUCUCCAAGAUGCCCUCAGCUGACAGAGGCACUGGGACCUUUGCACAAGAGGUUCUCAUGCUCUGAAGUUGAGGAGGUAUUGCAGAAUGGUCCUUUUUACAGCUUUUUACUAUAAAAACUGUCUGAAAUUUAUUUCUGUUCUGAAUCUGAUAUAAUCGAUAUAACUGACUGAAUAGCUGGUACAGAGAAAUAACAGAGAAUGAAAGACUGUUUGGGAUAUCUUGGAAGAAAUGUAAAAAUUUGGGCCCAUUAAAGGCUCCCUCCCCUGCUCUGGUCCCCCAGGGUGAGGAGAAGGAGCGAGGCCCAGGCUGAGCCAUCCAAUGCCUUUCCCUGCACCAGGGCUCACACAGGAAAGCUGUCACAGGCUGCCAGGACCUGCAGUGACCCACAGACAUGUAUUUACAUACAAAGAGAUUGUAAACCACUUCCUCCCUGCUCCAGAAAAGGAACCAUUUAAAAUGUAAAGUAAAAACAUCCCUCUCACCCGUGUCCUGCUAUUUCAACUCUGUUAUGUGCAUUCCAGUCCAAAUAAAACCUGAUGCUUCUUUCUGGAAUAGACCCACUCAAAUUUCCAGCAAACACACAGAGAAACAUUUUUUUUCCUUUCCAAUGGCUUAUUUGAUCUUGCUCAGUCUCUGGGAUUGCUGGAUCUCCCAAGGAAUACAACAGCAGAGUGCAGAGAGGUCAGAUUUUAUCGAGGCAGGAGCAAGUAAAGCUGAGCAGAGCAAAGCAGGCCUUGCUCAGGCAGGUCACAGCAAGGCCAUUUCCAUCCUGGGGAACACACCAAUAAUCUGAGUUUUCACACAUAUAGAACAGAUGCCCCAAGUCAGCUGUAAUUCUUUAUGAGGUUUGCAGCUGUUGUCUUCCUCAUGAGUUUAUCAGCUUGCACAGCUCUUGUGUAGCUGCUCUAAAUUCACCUCAACCAGGCAAGGGUGAGGGGGGGCCACAAAGGAGCAAAGGGAAUAAAUGAAACUUACUCAAAAGAAAAGAAAAAGAAAUACAG